CACGAGAUCGAGGUGCAGUUGCGCACCAGCAUUUUCACCCAGCAGUGCCGUUUUGAAGACGGCGAAAAACAAGAUGCCGAUGAGGAAGACAACAGUUGCUGGAGUGAUAGACGUUCUACUUGGGGACGACGAUAAUGAUGCAGUGUCACAAAACAUGCUGUUCAAGCAGCACUAGUUCUUCUACUUGCAGCACAACGACACUUUUGCAAGUUCCAGAGAGAAGUUUUAGAACACCAUAUCAACAUCGUGAUGUUCAUCUUGUCCAGCACAUCUUCACGAAUCAACAGAAAUCUUGUUGCACUCCCGAUCAUGGCAGAGGCAGCAAGACCUGUCGUAUGACUAUCGUGCAAAAUAAAUUACGGGGUAAUUAUCCCAUGCCUGCAUUGCGACAAAAAAAGAUGUUGUCACAAGCACAACAGGUCGACGGAGGUGUCGCGCAGCGGAAAAAUUAUCCGCUGCUAACUGCAAACUCCGCAGCGCUCCUGAGUAAGCCCUUGCUUGAUGUCGACCAAGCAGGAGCCUCGCCAGAAACUAGACCACUUUUCUCGUCUACAAGCGACGAUGCAAGAGCAGCGACCGACUCAACCCGUUCCCGAAUUUUCAUCCGGGGCAUCUGUUGCGCCUCUGAAGUCCCCAUGUGCGAGCGGAUUCUGUACGCCAUGCCUUCCGUAACGUCCGUAAACAUCUCCGUCCCCCUCCGGGAAGCGACCAUCGAGCACAACGAGUACCUCGCGCCGGCCAAAACCCUGGUGGAUGCGCUGAACGAAGCAAAGUUGGACGCGAGUUUACUCCGGAAGAAAAGGGGCAGUAACAAGCGGAAUAAAUCCAACGUGCAGUUGACCGAGGAGGAGAAGGAACAGGAGAGGGACCAUGAUGAAUUUUUAGGAAUUAUCAGCACGACGACAUCGACAAACACCAGUCAAAGUCAAAAGUCGUCAGUAUUAACUUCUUCCUCUGCCGCAGAAGCCACGAGGAUUCUGUCGCUUUUAUUCUGGGGCGCGAAGCACGGGCCGAUGAAGCUCUACUUAGCGAUGGCGGCGUGGGGAGUUUUAGUGGUGGUGAAAGCGGGGCUUGUACCACUAUUAGUUGCUGAUGAAGGAACAUCAGGUACAAAUACUAGUACAACGCCAACCCUUCUAUUUUUCAUCCAAUACUUUUUCCCGCUUCUCGCUCUCCUCUACGCCGCUUCCGACGUCUACAAACGGGCAAUCGCGAGUUUCCCAACAUCUCUGGGCAUGUACAGCUUGCUGUCCAUCUGCUCUCUUGGGUCCAUCCCGCUGAACCAAGGCGAAGACGGGCUGUUACUCAUCUUCCUAUUCCUUCUCGCGGAGAACCUGCAGGCCCGCGUGGCGAAGGCGACGAUGGAGGUGUUGGAUGAGUCUCUGAGCUCGUCUUUGGGGCUUAAUAGUUCUUCAAAUGCCGAUGAUUCAUCAAACACGCCGAAAUACUUCGUGAACCAGGAAAUCCAACUCCGGAAGGGCAUGGCGAUCCCCUGCGACGGGGUUUUGAUCACAGAAGGGGUGAAAAUUUUCGUCGAUGAGUCGUUGUUGACCGGGGAAAUGCGGCCAGUGGUGAAGGAACUGAACUCCACAGAGAAGAAGUCCAGUAAGUUAAUCGGUGGAACCAUCGUUGUGUCGAUCGGGGAGAAGAUGAACAAGACCACUACUUCUUCCAGUCGUGCUAGUGCAACAGGAGCUACAACAGGAGGUACAAAGGACAGCAUCACAAGUAAAACCGACAAAAGAUCUACUUCGUCAUCAAAUAAAGGUGUCUACAUGCGCAUCACCUCCCCAAAAUCCGCUUCCCAGUCGGAAAGGAUACUGCAACUAGCAAGACAGAGCCUUUCCGAGAAGAACAACAGCCCGGCGAUGGAGAAGUUUCUGAACUUCUACACACCGUUCGUUUUCCUCCUCGCGGUGGUGAUUACGGGAUUGAAGCUUCUCUACUCCGGAUUGAAUAUUAACACGACUACAAAUAAUAUUAACCUCGUCCCUCAACUCGGCACCUUCUUUCUCACCUUCUUAGUCGGCGCCUGUCCCUGCGCGUUGAUUCUCGCCGGUCCGUUGGCGUUUGUGUGCGGUACCGUCGCCGCGUCUAGACGGGAAAUUUUGAUCAAAGACCCCUAUUCCUGCUUCGACCGGUUAGCGGGGAUUAGUAAGAUCUUCUACGACAAAACGGGCACUUUAACGCAGGGGCGGUUUCAGAUUUGCGACUUCCAGUUGGUUUGGACCCAGAAUACCAAGCCGGGAUUCCAAUCGAAGCACGCGUACAGUUUGAAAGACGUUUUGCAGUUGAUUUAUCUGAUAGAAUCGGAACAGACGAGCGUCCACCCUUUGGCGCUAGCGUUGACGCAAUUCUGCAAACGGAGAUUGGCGCUAUUGGAGGAGGGGGAUGAUGGAAAGGAUGCUACCGGCUACGGCCUCAACCACAACCAAAUUAUCGGGAAGAACAAGCAGUUCAUGCUUUCCGAAGAUGACAACAUCGAGGUGCUGCGGGGCCGCGGGGUACAGGCGGAGGUGGACAUUUCGAUGUCUGGGACGGGGAUCGACGCCUUCACAGCAAAUGUCAUGAUCGGGAAUUACACACUUGCGAGAGAAAGAAAUUGGCUGUUACCAUCAAAUAAUACCUCGAGCUCGACGAUGAUGAACAAUAAUAUGAACCAGCAACAAAUAUCAAACAGUUCUUCUACUUCUGCGCACAACUACCUGGGCAAGCUCUUUGUCGCAGUCGAUGAUGUGGUAAUCGCCGAGUUCUCCGCUUUAGAUCCUUUACGGGAAGAGGCCGGGACCGCAUUGAAGUUUCUCGGAAAGGAGUUCAAAAUCAACGGCACCAUGCUCACGGGGGACCAAAAAGAGAUCGCCGGGCAGAUCGCGCAACAACUGGUCAACAAAAUUCAGCAGCCCUUCACGGUAUUGCCGCAGUUGUCGCCAUAUGCACUGCAAAAGUAUCGCACUAGCAUAAAUCGCAUGACAAAUGUCCUCAGCAUGAGAAAUGGAAUUUGUGAUGCGGAUUUGACUUGACAAAAAAACUUGUAAUGCAUGAUAGCGAUUACUACGAGUGCGAUACUUUUGCAAUGCAUACGCCAGAGGAUAAAAUGAAAGCCAUCGCGCUCGUGCAGACGCAGCCGAAUGUUGGAGGUGGAGUAGUGGCUGCUGGAGGUAGUUCUAACGCCGGGCACUACGUUAGUCUACCCGACCACGACCGGCACCGGCACGACAGCAGCACAACUACAAUCGCCUCUAAACUGGAGUUCCUCCGGAAAUUCCUUAAAACGGCGAUUUUCGUGUUCGGGGGGAAAAACAACUCCGCGUUGUACGCAAGUCAUUCCCUGUGGACGAUGAACAGCGGGAGUGGAACAACAUCUGCGUCAGGUAGCAGUUCCUCAACAAAUAAGCGCCUUGUCGCGAUGGUCGGCGACGGGAUCAACGACUCUCUCGCCCUGACCAAAGCCGACGUGAGUUUCUCCAUGGCGGCCUCCGGAACCGCUCUCGCCGUGCAGUCGAGUGAUAUCGCGUUGUUCGACUCUGAUUUGCGGAGCAUCCCAUUCUCCGUCUUGCUCGCGAGAAAAACGGUCCAGAAAUUCCGGCAGAACUUGUUACUGGCAAUUGUCGGGAAAUUGGCCUUGGUGUUGAUUUUACUCUUCAAUACAAUGGUGUCCGAAGCGACGACGACAAAUUUUUCCGUGUUCACCCUGGCGAUCUGCCUGGAUUUCCUGACGUUGUAUCCUGCGCAAAAGCUAUCGUACUCGUAGUAAUUGCGGUCAUGCAUUACAAAUCUUCUUAUUAAGACAAAUCCGCAUUACAAAUUCCAUUUCUAAUGCUGAGCAAAUUUGUAUAUGCGAUUUCUACUAGUACGAUGUUUUUGCAUUUCAUACGUUGUUCGCAGUGUUGAUGAACUCGGUGAGUCUGUUGGGGUUUGAAGGGCCGGUGGAGUUGCAGAAAUCGAACAUUUAUGCCUUGCAAAAGGAAAAGUAUCGCCCUAGUACAAAUUGCAUUACAAAUUAGAAUAGCGCGUCGACAGAUGGAAUCUGUAGUGCUGUUUUACCUCAGGAAGAAGAUUUGUCAUGCUGUACUGCAAUUAGUACGAGUGCGAUACUUUUGCAAUUCAUCACACUGCAGGGGUUGAUUUCUGUGCGGCGGAAGAGGAGAAAAAGUCGGCAAUUGAGGUGUAGCUGGAGCUGCUGCAAGUGUAACGCGGAUCAAAUCUUUGCAAGGGCGGAGGUGGAGGCGAAGUAAUCCUAAUCGCCAUGAUCAUGCGAUGCAUAUACGCGAAUAUGUUGAAAAAUUACUUGCAUUCCAAUCUACUGCAGUGGAGGAACAAAAAGGUAGUACCACUUGCAAAAAGACAUGAUAAGAAGCGACCCAUCAAAAACCCAUGAAAAUCUUCAUCCCAUCGUAUUGAAAUUUGAACGAUAGUUGUAGCACGAGCUGCGCACUCACUCUUGGCUACAGAGAACUACUUUUGACGACACAAGAGGAAGGCACAU